CGCUCCACCGUCUCCACCCCUAGAAACUCCUAUCCUGCACAAAAUCGGUGGCAUCCUGCAACCUCAAAAAGAAUUGGGAGAGAGCAUAGGAAACAAACAGAAAACUUCGGGGGCGUCUGGAUAGUUAUACUCUGUAUGACAGGCGUUAUUCAUUCAAGAGAUAAGAACUAGAACCAUCUCUGGCUGGUGGAUUGCAUAUGUGGUUGACUUCGCACGCAUCCUACUUGACAAUGCUGGAGAAAUAUGGCUCCCUGGAGCUACAGUCCCCGAGGAGAUCUCAAGGGUCAGGUAAGUAUUUUUUGAAGAAGAUUGAACAAGCAGCCCUUCUGCUGUUGGGCUUUUUUUCUUACCACCAUUUUUCCUACUACUUGACCAAUGAUGCAGAGCAUUCGCCUUUGCAACUGACCUCGGCUUUUGAGCAGUUUCAAGAAUGCUCCAUUCAGAAUUUUCAGGAUACAGGGCUGUACUUCCUCGACAGUGCAAUUCCAAUUGCUUUGGACGACUAUGAAGAGCGCCGUAACCGCCUCGCCCAGGCACUUAUCGCCGACGCGGUGGAUGCAUUUGUUAUAGAGCCAGGCUACACAUUCAAAUACUAUGCGAAUGUGAGCCAGCGCGAAUGGGAAGUGUGGGAGCCAGAGGAGCGACCUUUCUUGAUGGUCAUUCAGCCCGAUCGUCUUGCAUCUGGCGAGAUCAUUGCCAAGACAUCCUUUCUCUGCCCGUCGUUUGAAGCCGAGCGCGCUCGUCUGUUAAAUAUGCCAUUCUCAGAGCCUGCGGAAAUCAUUCCGUGGGAAGAACACUGGAAUCCCUAUAUAACGUUGAAACACUCUGACAUUUUUUCGGCACUGAAUCACACACCGCGAUUAAUGGUCGACGAGGAAAUGCGCGAUUUCAUUCAACGUGGCUUGGGAUCUGCUGGUUUCGAUAUCACCGGCCUUGGGGGAGAAGCGGAAAGAGUGCGCCAGAUUAAAACCGCCAAGGAGGUAGGUAUUCUCCGUGCUGUCAAUACUGGGACAGUAGAAGCUGUGCGACAGAUGAGGAAAUGCCUUUACCCCGGGUUGAUGGAGAACGAGGUUGCAGAAGCAUUGGAUAAUACCCUUCGGAGUGCUGGGUUAGAUCCAUUCUUUGAUAUUGUCCUUUUCGACGAAAACGCAGCGAAUCCCCAUGGAGGAACAAAUGGCUCAAAGGUUCUGGAACCGGAGACCUUCGUCUUAAUCGACGUUGGUGCCCACCUAUUUGGCUACUCUUCUGACAUUUGCCGCACCUUCUUUCCGCCAUUUCUUGAAAAACCGGCAAACGGGACACUCCCACCAGCCAGCAUCCAGGAGAAGUUGAAGAUCUGGGACAUCGUUUUUGAAGCCCAGACACAAUCCAGCCAUCAGUUUCUCGUGAACUCUACUGCGGCGGGCGUAGACAUUGCAGCUCGUAAGGUUAUUUCCGACGCCGGAUACGGGGAUGCUUUUACUCAUCGUGUUGGACAUGGAAUUGGCAUCAAAGCACACGAAAGUCCUUACCUGAACAAAGGGAACCAGCAGACCCUGCUCAAAGCCGGAAUGGCAUUUACCUCAGAGCCGGGCAUCUACCUCGUUGACAUGUUCGGGGUUCGUCAUGAGGAUAUCUAUCUGGUUCGGGAGGAAGGGGAACCAGAGCUACUGAGCGGACGCCGAGCGGCUGGCCCUUGGGAUCCUUGACCAUAGGCGAGAUUACGCUCCAUCCGAGCCGAGGUAAUUACUAGGGGUUGGUGUUAUGAAAAUGCAGUAGUCAAUGCUAGUCCAAGAAAGGAAGAAUAUAUUGGAUGAUUAGUAUAAUAAUAAGUUUAUUAUUUCAAUAUGAUAUAAG